AUGACUGCGAGCGAAUCAUUCGCUCGAAUCAUCUCCGUGUCUGUCCAGGAUGUAUUCGUCAGCUCCGAAGAAAACGAGUUAAAAGCAUCCGUCGAAAUUGCUAACGAUUCGGAGUUAGCCCACUCAGCUCAGGUCGUAUUUCGCGGUUAUGUGAGAACAACAAAUAAGCUAAUGUACGAAUUUUUACAUGAACAAAUGUGGAUAUUUGUGAAACCAUGCGAGACAACAACACAGAUAGUUGCGGUAGAUGUUUGGCUGCCACGAUUCCCUCCUUCCAUGAAAAUUUAUGGUGAUUUACGAGUAGAAUAUUCCGUCAGAGCUACUGUUGAUCCCUGGUUCAUGAAUAACCAUAUCGAGAAGAUAUUUUCUGUCUAUCGCACACUAGUCUUGAAGAUGCCACAUAUCAGUUGCUACCAACAGUGUAUUAAAAUCAGUGAAUGUGUCGGUCACGGAGGAUGGUAUCACCGAAAAUGUAAACCUAUUAAUGGUGAGAUUCGUGUAGACAAAGGAGCGUAUACAUGGGGUGAAAGAAUUAAAUUAAACUGGCAACUCCAGCUCUACUCGAAAUUAGAAAAAGUGAAAAUGGCGCUUGUUCAACACAUUGCAUACAGUCCGGAUCAUCCUUCGCUACUGGAGAGCAACAAUAGCAUUGUCGCUACAACAGAAAUCUCAAUAGAAGAAGGGAAACAUUCGAAAUGUGAAUUGAUUGUUCCGGCCGAGCUUCCAGUCACUAUGGCAAUGACGCUUUGGAAUGUGUUAGCUGUGCAAUAUGAAUUGCUCUUCCAAAUUAAAAUGGAAGGGCAUCGACAAUUUGUGGAUAUCAGGAUCCCAGUUUUAAUAGCGAGCGAGCAAGUUCAGGGGAGGAAGACUACUGCAAACGAAGAAAUGAUGCUUUUCAAAAGGGCACAAGACAUAGAUGACGAUACGGAUGAUGACGAUGAUCAAGACUCAGAUAUAGAUGAAAUCACUCAGCAGGAAUGCGGAGAGUCCUCCAUAGAAAUCGAUGACAUGGAAAUAAGGGCCGAAGAUGAAGGGACACUCAUCAAUGCUCAUGCAAAGGUCACUUUCACAGUAAACAGCGCACAACCUGAGGAUCUACGAUCGCUGCGAUUAUUAUUUCAAGGAGAAGUACGAGCUGGUUCAGUAUGGUACUCAUUUUUACGUUAUAAAGCACAUAUCUCAUCUGAUUCAAAAUUUCUUUUCACUCCUGGACAACACGUAGUUACCAUCGGGUUACCUUUCAAGGAUUCGCAAUACGAUACCAAUAUUCUACCUCCAGAUUUAAGCGAUGAUAUUCGCUAUGUAUGCAGUGUAACCACAAAGUCAUGGCGAAUAAAUGACACUGCAGAGGAAAGGACAGUCCUGGUGGAUCGAAGUGUGGAUACGUGGGCGAAAGAGAAGUUUAAAACUCCCUACUCCGAAAUACUCGGCGCCUACGGCAUACGUAUGCAACAACGGGCCUUUCAAAGAGGAAAGCAUGUGUACGUCACAAUUAUAGGGAAUGUACGUAAAGUGCGAUUGUGUCUCGAGCAGCAAAGACGUAUACGCCUUGCUGGCCUUAAUAAGGAUGACAGCUACUGUCAUGCGAGAGUUGUUUCUUCUAUUGACAGCCCUGACAGCAAGGAAUUAUGGCCAGAGCAGUGGUCACUACGUAUUCCAAAGCAUAUACCGCCAAGUAUUGAAAUUACCUACUGGAAUAUUCUAGUUCUAAGUUAUACUUUGAAGGUUAUGUUCACCAUGGAAGAUGGCCAUGAACAUACACAUAUAGUUCCCGUUUGGAUUGGAUGUACAGAUGACAAACUUCACCCCUCUGAAGCGAUUCCACUGCAGAUACUACAACCUCCUCCAAAUAAAGAAACACUCAAUAACGCAUCAAAAACCGCUUUUCUCGGGGAUUUACCGGAAUUCGAAGUGAUUGGAAACGAAGAAGCAAUGGAACCACCGAAAUGGGUGAACAGGUACAAUGAUCACACGUAUUCUUAA